CGAAGAUCGCCGGUAGUACUACAACCACAUAGGUAACGCGUCGACAGCUCUUAAGCUCAGGAGCCGAGGGACCUCGAUUUCAUGCGAGGGGACAAUGUACCGCGGUCAGUUCACAAAUCAGCGCAUAUAGACAGAGCGCUCAAGACAAGAAUGUGACUCUUACUGUGUCAUACCGCGAAGCUCAAUUGACACCUCCUCGCUAUUUCUAUAUUGAACACCCGCAUAGGUAGCGGAGUUUGUACAUUGGGGUACUGCGCUACACGUCGAAGCUCACACAGCGAACAUGACGACAAUAGUCGACAGAACGCCUGAAGGCAUCUUCUACCGCGCCGCAAAGACAUAUCCAGUUCCGGACUUGGACAUCCUGACACUACUCUUCGACUCUGAGCACUCCUUAGCCCGCGAAGGCACUCCAAUCCACAUAUCUGCCGCCGAUCCGUCUUUACAGCUCACUGUCUCCCGCUGCCGCGCCCUCACACAUUCUACUUCUGCCGCGCUGCGCAAACACUUUAAGAUCGGCGCCUACGGGUCAGGAAAGGACAUCGUCUCUGCAAUCUCAACUGGGCACUAUCUCCUGCCUACGCUCUUCUACGGUGUUAUCGGCGCAGGCGGUGUUUUCAGCGCUGCAAGCGCGGCUAGCACGGCGGGCGAGCUGAGCAAGCAGAUCGUUCAGGCUGGGAGCAGGAUCUUGGUAACGUGCGAGACGACGAGGGAUGUUGCUGUACGGGCGGCGGAGGAGGCGGGAUGGGGGCCGAAUGGCGGUGGAAGGGUGGUAGUCAUGAGCGAGGGUGCGCAUUGGACCCUCAAGAUUGUACAGGAAAACGGAAGCCUGGGUACCAAUCUAGUGAAUGAGGAGGAGAAGUUGGAGUGGGAACGUAUCACUGACCGAACAGCACUGGAGAACAGCUUGGUAGUGUUGAUCUACAGCUCUGGCACCACGGGCCUGCCCAAAGGCGUCAAACUCUCCCACACUAAUCUCGUCGCCGAAGCUGUCAUCCCAGGUGAUAUGUUCAAGUCGUGGCUAACGACCCGCAACGCGCAACCCAACCGCCCGAAAUUUGAGUACCGGACCCUUGCCCACCUACCUGUCGCCCACAUCGCAGGGAUCCAAGGCUACCUGAUCAACCCGUUUUACAUGGGCGGUCCCGUGUAUUGGAUGCCACGCUUCUCCUUUCCAGAAUUUCUAUCUUACAAUCUAGAGUAUCGGAUUACAUUUUUCUUUACCGUACCGCCAAUCUACCUUUUGAUUGCAAAGAGCCCGGAAGUGACAAACCAGUUUGCGACGCUGGAGAUCGCCAUCUCGGGCGCGGCGCCACUGGGGAAAGAGCUACAGCACGCCUCAUCCGCUAAACUCGGUGGUCCAGACUGUUUCAUCUCACAAACCUGGGGCCUGAGCGAAACAACCGGCAGCGCAACGAUAAUGCCUAUGGACAUGAGAGACGACACAGGCUCGGUGUCGCCACUGAUCCCGAACAUGAUAGCCCGCAUCGUGGACGACGAUGGCCACGACGUCGAGCCCGGAAAACCAGGCGAGGUACUGGUCCAAGGACCGGUAGUUUGUAAGGGGUACUAUCAGAACGAGGAAGCGAACGCGGAAGCCUUCACCGGAGACUGGUUUCACACGGGCGAUAUCGCGGAGUUCAGAGAAGGCCUAUUUUAUAUUGUAGAUCGCAAGAAGGAACUCAUCAAGUACAAGGGGCUGCAGGUUGCGCCGGCGGAGUUGGAGGCGUUACUGCUGAACCAUGAGGAUAUUCUGGAUGCCGCGGUGAUCGGUGUCGAUGCGGAUGGCGGCACAAAUGAGGUGCCCAGGGCGUACGUUGUCGCCGACAGCAAGAAGAUCAGUGGGAAGCAGAUUCAAGAGUAUGUCAAGGCGAAUGUGGCGAGCCAUAAGCAGCUAAGGGGUGGCGUCGUGUUCUUGGAUGCGAUUCCGAAGAGUCCGAGUGGAAAGAUCUUGAGGAAGGAUCUGAGAGUGCUCGCGAAGAGGGAGCAGGGUGCGAAGUUAUAAGAGGAUUCUUGAUGCAGCAAUCUGAGCAGCAACUACGCACUGAGGACGCCGGCCUUGCUUAAUAUCUUAUACACAGACA